AUGGAUCGUUGUCCUGGUCAAUAUUGCGGACGCACUUUGUAUGACAAUGGUAGCUGGUCCGAUUGCGGGGCAUGUGAGCGUGGCUAUCGCGUAAAUGAAUCAUUUGUUUGCUCACCAUGUCGUGAUGAAUUGAACACUUACUCUUGGUUGUAUUUGGGAUUUAUGGCAAUGUUGCCAUUAAUGCUACAUUGCUUCUUCAUUGAUUUAAAUGCGAAGGAUCGCAAAUUUUCACGCAAGCAAUUAAUACUUACGGCCUGCGCCUUCAUAGAAGUAACACUUUCGGCAAUAUUAUCCAUAUUACUUAUGGAACCAAUGUGGGAAUUUCGCUUGCAUUCUUGUGGUGUUCGCAAAUUCACUGAUUGGUAUACGUUGUUUUACAAUCCAUCCCCAAACUACGAAACUCGUUUGCAUUGCACUCAAGAAGCUGUAUAUCCACUUCAAACUAUUGUUCUCGUAUUCUACUUCCUGUGCUUAGCAACAAUGUUCUUAAUACGUCCAAUUGUUAGCUCCAUUACUGAUGUACGUGGAAAGGCUCCCAUUUACGCAGCACUUUACUUCCUCCCGCUUUUGACAUCUAUUCAUGCACUUGCUUGCGGCCUUAUAUAUUGGUUCUUUCCAUAUUUAAGCAUUGGGAUUGCUAUGAUAACAAACGCCAUACAUUAUUCAGUCAAAUUGGAUCAGACGUUUAAAUCGCUAAUACGCUCUUCCUUGCUAGAGGUUAAAAAUUUCGUAAUUAUUUCUGUGCAUUGGCUUUUGUUAGCCUACGGUAUAAUUGCGCUCGGCCACCAUUAUGCCUUUUUAUGUCUUAUCCCAUUUCCAUCGAUUUUCUAUAUUUUAACUGUACGUUUCACGGACCCAUCCGAGUUUCGUGAAGUGGAAUCUCGACAAACCUAGUAUAUUUCUAAUAAUACUUUAGUUCAUAUUUUUGUAAAAUAUUUGUCUUAAUUUAUAAUUAAUGUUUUUGUAAUAUGUGUAUAUGUCAGCAUUUUUUAUAUCUUAUUGGAAAUAAAAUACCGAUACAUAAUGUAAUAAAAACAAAUAGGCAAGCUAAA